ACCAGCUCUGUAAAGCUCCUGGUUCAAUAUGUGACACUUGGGAAACAGCAGCUGACAAUCUGUAGGAUGGCAGCGUGUUACUCUCAAGAGAAAUUUAAUGCUACUUCAUACGAUGCCAUGGCUUUCGUCAUCAUCACACUUCAGACAUUUGCUGGCAUGUGGAUAAAUGGUUUCAUUGUUUCUGUGCUGUGUGUUGCUUGGGUGAAAAAGAAAAUCUUUAACUCUAAUGAGAAGAUCUUGCUGUUUCUGGGGUGCUGCAGGUUUGUGUAUUUAUGCAUCAUGUGUGUGUAUUCAUUUAUGUCAAUUAUUUUUCCCCACUGCAUUUAUGUUCACCCUAUACCCCAAAUAUUUUCAUAUAUCCUAAGCUUUUUAGAUUCUUCUAAUGUGUGGGUCUCUGCCUGUCUUUGUGGGUUUUAUUGUAUAAAAAUUGCAAAUUUCCAGCACACUUUCUUCAUUUAUCUUAAGGUAAAAAUUGACAGGAUUGUGCCAUGGCUUCUGUUUGCUUCUGUGCUCUUAGCACAGGUCACAGGAAUCAUUGGCUAUGAUCUUACUGACAGAACCUUAUUUCAAAACAUCAAUUCCACUGACACAAUACUUUUCAGGACACUGAGUGUCAGAAUAGAUGAACAUAUAUUUCUUAUGUUUUUAAUCAUUGCCUUCAAAUCAACCACUGCAUUCAUGGUAGUUGUCUUUUUUACCCUUCUCCUCCUCUUUUCUCUCUGGAGACACAAACGCAGGAUGCAGGCCAACUCAAUGAGGAACCUCAACAUGGAUGCCCACAUCAAAGCCAUAAAAUCUAUUCUAUUAUUUAUCUGCAUUUACAGCAUCAGCUUUACUGGAUUCAUAUUGAUAUUAAUUAGUUCCACAACAAAAAAGACUAUUCCAAUGUUUUACAUUUUAAUAUUUCACUUUGCUCUUCCAGUUCUCCAUUCCCUUAUCCUGAUUUUCAGCAAUCCCAAACUGAAAAAGGCAUUGCUAAGGACUCUGGCCUUUUUGAAGUGGAAGUUUCUAAAGGGUUAG